GGCGGAGGGAGCGCGCCCGCGUCCCCGGCCCGCUGCGGGUGAAGCGCCGCCCGCGCGGAGAGGGCUGAUCCCGGAGCCGCCGCUCCGAGCUCGCAUUCGGAGCCGCUAGAGCAGGAAGAUGGCGACGGACGGCGCGAGCUGCGAGCCCGACUUCUCCCGCGCCCCCGAAGACGCGGCGGGGGCGACGGCGGAGGCGGCGAAACAAGACUUUGAUGUGGACACCCUCAGCAAAUCAGAGCUUCGCAUGCUCCUCAGCGUCAUGGAAGGGGAGCUGGAGGCCAGAGACCUGGUCAUCGAGGCUCUGAGGGCUCGCAGGAAGGAGGUAUUUAUCCAGGAACGGUAUGGAAGAUUUAAUUUAAACGACCCAUUCUUGGCACUCCAGAGAGACUACGAAGCAGGUGCCUGUGAUAAAGAGAAGAAGGCCGUUUGCACCAACCCCCUCUCCAUCCUUGAAGCAGUCAUGGCGCACUGUAGGAAAAUGCAAGAAAGGAUGUCCGCACAGCUGGCUGCUGCUGAGAGCAGACAAAAGAAGCUGGAGAUGGAGAAGCUUCAGCUGCAAGCCCUUGAGCAGGAGCACAAGAAGCUGGCCGCGCGCCUGGAGGAGGAGCGAGGCAAGAACAAGCACGUGGUGCUGAUGCUGGUCAAGGAGUGCAAGCAGCUGUCGGGCAGGGUCAUCGAGGAGGCCCAGAAGCUGGAGGAAGUCAUGGCCAAACUGGACGAGGAGAAGAAAAAGACGAGUGCGUUAGAAGAGGAGCUCUCCGCUGAGAAACGAAGAAGCACCGACAUGGAAGCUCAGAUGGAAAAACAACUCUCUGAGUUUGACACCGAACGGGAGCAGCUUCGUGCCAAGCUGCACCGAGAAGAAGCACACACUACUGACCUCAGAGAGGAGAUAGACAAGAUGAAGAAGACGAUCGAGCAGCUGAAAAAGGGAAGUGACAGUAAACCAAGCCUCUCUCUCCCCCGGAAGACAAAAGAUAGGCGUUUGGUUUCCAUAUCUGUAGGAACAGAAGCAUCUAUGGUGAGGUCUGUUGCUUGCCAGACAGACCCAGUGAUAGAAAGCGCUGAUCACGUGAAGAAGGUGCCUUUGACCGUGCCUUUAAAGCCUUCCACAGGGAGCCCCCUAGUUUCUGCAAAUGCAAAAGGGAAUGCGUGCACCAGUGCUGCCUCGGUCAGGCCAGGUAUUGACAGGCAGGCUUCCCAUGGUGACUUGAUUGGCUCCUCUCUGCCCACCGUCCCACCUCCAAGUGCAACCAGAAUUGAGGAAAAUGGACCGAGCACUGGCUCCACAGCAGAUUUACCCAAUAGCACCCCACCCCUUCCCAAUAACACGGCCCCUCCUGCCGUGCAAACGCCGGGCACAGUGACCCAGAGCCACUCACCAGCUCCACCUCUGCACAGUUUACAUUCACCGAGUGCCAGUGUGUCUUUGCAUCCAGGUUUAAACCCACGAAUCCAAGCAGCUAGAUUCAGAUUCCAGAGCAAUGCUAACGACCAAGACCAAAAUGGAAAUACUACCCAAAGCCCUCCAUCCAGAGAUGUCUCUCCUACAAGUCGUGACAACCUAGUGGCCAAACAACUAGCUCGGAAUACUGUGACCCAAGCACUGUCGAGAUUCACAGGCCCUCCAGCAGGAGCACCCCCAAGGCAUGCAGGACCCCCCUUGGGGGACGCUGGCACCUAUCCUCCCAUUGGUCGGACCAGCGUAAAGACUCCUGGUGUAGCAAGAGUCGACCGAGGAAACCCUCCUCCUAUCCCUCCAAAAAAGCCAGGGCUGUCCCAAGCACCUUCUCCACCCCACCCCCAACUCAAGGUCGUUAUGGAUAGCAGCAGGGCCCCCAGUGCAGGGGCCAAAGUGGAUAACAAAACUGUGGCUUCGCCUCCUUCCAGUUUGCCCCAAGGGAACAGGGUCGUAAGUGAGGAGAAUCUCCCUAAACCAUCCACCCCUCAACUGCCACCAAAACCAUCCAUAGAUUUAACUGUGGCGCCGGCGGGCUGUGCUGUGUCAGCCCUGGCCACGUCUCAGGUGGGUGCCUGGCCUGCUGAAACCCCGGGACUGAGCCAGCCUGCAUGUUCAAAUCGUUCCCUUGUCAUUCCCGCCACCAUUGCCUUUUGCUCUUCCAUAAACCCUGUUAGUGCCUCAUCCCGUAGAGCAGGUGCCUCAGACAGCCUCCUGGUAACAGCAUCAGGCUGGUCACCCUCCCUAACCCCUUUGCUAACAAGUGGUGGUCCUGCCCCCCUGGCUGGCAGGCCCACCCUUCUUCAGCAAGCUGCUGCCCAGGGAAACGUCACUUUAUUAUCAAUGCUGCUUAACGAAGAAGGACUGGACAUUAAUUACUCCUGUGAAGAUGGCCGUUCUGCCUUGUAUUCUGCUGCUAAGAAUGGACAUACAGACUGUGUGAGAUUGCUGCUGAACGCAGAAGCCCAAGCUGAUGUUGCUGAUAAAAAUGGCUUCACACCCUUGUGUGCUGCAGCUGCUCAGGGACAUUUCAAGUGUGUAGAACUAUUAAUUGCGUAUGAUGCUGACAUUAAUCAUGCUGCUGAUGGAGGACAGACACCUCUAUACCUGGCCUGUAAAAAUGGAAAUAAAGAAUGUAUUAAGCUCUUGUUGGAAGCUGGAAGUGACCGAAGCGUAAAAACCAGUGAUGGCUGGUCACCAGUGCACGCAGCUGUGAACACUGGUGAUGUGGACAGCCUCAAGCUUCUCAUGUACCAUAGAGCACCAGCUCGUGGAAACUCUUUGCAUGAAGAAGAGCCUGAGUCGGGCGUCUGUGACUUGGAAGGAGAAGAAGAGAGCCCUGAAGGCACAGCUGAGCCUGUUGUUCCUGCAGACCUCAUUAACCAGGCCGACAGAGAAGGCUGGACCGCUGCCCAUAUCGCUGCUUCAAAGGGUUUUAAGAACUGCCUGGAAAUCUUGUGUAGGCAUGCAGGGCUGGAGCCAGACAGGAGAGAGAAGUGCAAUCGGACUGUGCAUGACGUGGCCACAGACGACUGCAAGCACCUGCUGGAGAACCUGAAUGCUCUUAAAAUACCCUUAAGGAUUUCAGUGGGUGAAGUUCAACCAGGCAACAAUGGUUUCGAUGACUUUGAAUGCGAAAACACAAUAUGUAUUUUAAAUAUCCGCAAACAGACAUCAUGGGAUGAUUUUUCAAAAGCAGUGAGUCAAGCGCUGACAAAUCAUUUCCAAGCCAUCUCUUCUGAUGGAUGGUGGAGUCUGGAAGAUGUGACAUUUAAUAACACCGCUGACUCCAGCAUUGGCCUCGGUGCAAGCAGCGUGCGAUCCAUCACACUAGGAAAUGUGCCAUGGUCAGUAGGUCAGAGCUUCGCCCAGUCCCCAUGGGACUUGACAAGGAAGAACAAAGCUGAGCAGGUCACUGUGCUUUUGUCAGGUCCUCAAGAAGGCUGCCUCAGCAGUGUGACCUACGCAUCUCUGAUCCCUCUUCAGAUGCUGCAGAACUACCUCCGGCUGGUUGAGCAAUAUCAUAAUGUCAUCUUCCAUGGCCCAGAAGGAAGCUUACAAGACUACAUAGCACAACAGCUUGCACUCUGUAUGAAGCACAGACACACUGCUGCAGGUUUCUCCUGUGAGAUAGUGAGAGCCCAAGUGGAUGCGAGUUUCUCCAAGGAACAGCUCAUGGACCUGUUCAUCAGUAGUGCAUGCCUGACCCCAGUGAAACAAUCUCCUGUGAACAAGAAAAUCAUCGUCAUCUUAGAGAAUUUGGAAAAAUCUUCAUUGUCUGAUUUAUUGGGGGACUUUUUGGCACCUCUUGAAAAUCGCAGCCCUGAAAGCCCCUGUACUUUUCAAAAAGCUGACCUGCUGGUGCAGCAGCAUUUCCGCUGGGUGCAGCUGCGGUGGGACAGUGAGCCCAUGCAGGGCCUGCUGCCGAGGUUCCUGAGAAGGAGAGUUGUGAAUAAGACUGUGGCCAGCCCUACCUUUCCAAGGUCAAAGCUCUCCACCAAGUAUGAGUACGCAUACAGAGCAGAGCUAGACCAGCAUAUAGCUGAUUUCAAGGGAGGAAGUUUCCCUUUAUCCAUAGUUUCAAGUUACAACCGUCGUAGCAAGAAGAAAGGAGAGAAUGGUGCCUGGAGAAAGGUGAGCACUAGUCCUCGCAAAAAGCCUGGCCGUUUCUCUUCACCCACCUGGACCAAGCUGGACCUGAGUGAGGAAGGUAAGGGGGCGGGCACUCAGGAGCUGGUUUCUGAACGCAGAUGUGCUUUCAUUUUUAUCACUAUGCAUUCAACAAAAUUCUUAGUAUUUCAAAGCACAUUUUCAUGGAAUAAAAUAUAUGUAGUAGGCACAGUUCCAAAAAUAUUUGGGAGCCUCCUACCUGAAAAAAUAGUCUUUCAUACUAGAAUUCUGAGAUUAAAUAUAUCUUUACCGAAGUUGGUGACAGUGUCAUAUGUGAAAACAUUCUUUUCUUUUCUCUUGCAGGAGGUCAGUCCUCUCAGCAGCCAUCAAACUACCGAAUGCAGCAACAGUAAAUCAAAGACUGACUCGGGUGUUUCACGAGUUAAAUCUUUUCUUCCUGUUCCUCAAAGUAAAGUCACCCAGUGUUCCCAGAACACCAAAGGAAGCAGCAGCAGCAGUAAUACAAGGCAAAUAGAAAUAAACAACAACUCAAAAGAAGAGAUUUGGAACUUACACAAAAAUGAACAAGUAGAAAAACCUAACAAAUAGGCCUGCCUACAAUAUUCUCACUCUUAACUUCUGUAUAUUUCACACAGAAACCAAGAACGACAAGAUGUAAAUACCUUUAAAUGAAUAAAAUGUUUUCACUGUAAUAUAAAGUAUGAGUGCGGGACCACUAUUCAAUUUUUUGUAAAGAAUGUAUUUAUAACCAACUUUUUUUUUUCAAUUCUGUAAGAUUGAACUUCAAUACCAAGAAUGAUGCCAACUUUUCAAGUAGUUUUAUAAUAGAAAUAUUGUAAUCGUUUUAAUCAACGUGUUCAGGGGUGUUAAACAAAACUGCCUGUGUACUGUAUAUCUAUACAUAUGUACAUAUGUAUAUAUUUAGGAAAGUCCAUGAGUCACAUUGCACAGUACAUGUUACAGAAUGUGUACACAAUGUUGGUUUAGAUAAAAUACACCAUUUAAAAUGGAGAUCAGAAUUUUCUGUUCACUUGUUGAGGAAUGACUGAAAAAGGCAAUAACUAAUAAUUUCUAAACAGUUAAUUUCCAUUAAAAGCCAUAUUACAUAUUUUGCCUGUUAAAUUCUAGUUUUACAUUUUAAAUCUUUUAAUGGUUACAUUGCUGAUUGGUUGCAUCAUGUAUAUUUAUGCUUAUGAGUUUGCAUUAUGACUAAAAUAUAAAAUUAUAUAAUGCAAUAAAAUGUUAUCUUUUUUACAAAAGUUUUGUACCUAAGUGGAUAUAAGAAAGAACUGUGCAAAUGCUUCAAUAACUUAAUUCAGUGUUAACUCCCUCUUCAAUUUAAUUCUGGUAGCACAACUGAUAAUAAAUUGAUAUUUUCUAGAACUGUUUCUUCUAAAAUUACUAAUGAGAUUACUCUUAUACAACUCAAAGUUAAGAUGCUUUGACAUCAAAUAAAAUAUUGAAUUAGUGAAAUAA